AUGGAGCUGAACCUGAUCGACGAAGCUGCCAAGCAGAGCGGAGAGGGCGAGACAGCGAGCUCCCUGGGGGAUACUGGAAUCGAUGCUCAACAUCUGCGAUCCGGCCUGCCCGCAAGGGACGACUGGGCGGAGGCUGGUCCUUCGCAGCCUGUCCCUCAAGGGAGAUUCAGGCGACUAUUUCGCUGGGGCACACGCUCGGGCGGGGACGCCACGGGUGUUGCCGGGACAGACUUUGACCUAAAGGACCACUCCCCUGCAUCUGCCGACGAUGACGACAAUGCCCGUCUCAUCAAGUCCAGGGCCCCUGGAAUGCUCUCAGAUGAUGAGCCGCUAGAAGGAGCAGGGGCCGGCCUGCCAGAGGGACUGGCUGCCCCUCGGGGCUUCCGGCACUAUGCCUUAGGCGUUCUCCGUUUCCUCCUUGUGAACUGGUACAAAUUUGUCAUCCUCGGCCUCAUCAUUGCUCUCAUCGUGUUGACAGCUGUCAAGGGCUUCUCCAUUUUUGGCGACCUCCUGCGCUGGUUCCAGUCCAGGAACAACUGGGGGGGGUGGGGCAUCUUCCUGGGCAUGUACACCGCCCUGGUCGCCGUCUUCCUCCCAGGCGUCGUUUUCAUCAUGGGCGCUGGCUUUGUAUUUGGUUUCUGGAAGGGUCUGCUGGCAGUGUGGAUCGGCGGCGCCAUCGGCCAGGCGCUCGCCUUCCUCCUGGCGCGCUACCUGCUGCGGGACUGGGUGGAGGCGACGCUGCGCGGACGGUGGCGCAAGUGGGAGGUGCUGGACCGCGCCAUCGAGCACGACGGCUGGAAGUUGGUGCUCAUCAUGCGCAUGUCCCCCAUCAUCCCCUACAACCUGCUCAACAUCGCCAUGGCCACCACCAGCAUGCCCUUCUGGCAGUUCACGCUGGUGUCGGCGGUGGGCAUCAUCUUCGAGUGCGGCAUUUUCUGCUACAUCGGCAGCGUGGCCAGCAGCAUCACCUCCAUCGUCUCCGGCGACGCCAAGGGCAGCGCGGUGGAGUGGGUGCUGCUGGGCCUGAGCCUGGUCAUGUGCGUCUUCGGCGCGGUGUUCGUGUCCUACAGCAUCAAGUCUGCGCUCGACUCGCCGCCCGGCCGGCGGCUGUCGGGCAGCCUGACCCUGCGCAGCCCCUCGCCCCUGCACGACGCGGGGCGCUGGGAUGUGGAGCUGGGCGCCAGCCCGCGCGUGCCAUCGGCGCACGCCUUUGAGCUGGGGGCGCUGCAGCUGGGUGGCAGCCUGGCCAAGCAGCGCCGGCCCUCGGUGGGGGCGGGGGAGGACUGA